AUGCUUGAGGUAGAGGACUGCCGCGAGGGGCUGACCGGCAAGGGGAAAGACUACCGGGGCUGCCAGUCGGUGACGAGGACCGGCAAGACGUGUCAGCGCUGGGACGCCAGCAGCCCGCACAGCGUGGAGCCCUACACAGCCGCAAACUUCCCAGAAGCGGACCUGUCAUUGAACUACUGUCGCAACCCCGACGGCAGGAACACGAUUUGGUGCUUCACCACCGACGACGAUGUGGAAUGGGAGUUCUGCGACAUCCUGCCGCUGUGGACUCUGAAAAGCGGCCCUUGCACCACCGACAUCUUCUGCAUCUACAGCCCCAGCUUCCCCAACGCCUACAGCAACCGGGAGACCUGCGAGCUGUCGGCCCUUCAGCGCGGCGUGGGGGGCUUUCUGCGGGUGGGGCGCUUCGACACGGAAAGCGGGUACGACAUCCUGACUGUGAGUGGGCAACAAUACAGUGGGUCUGCAGGCCCUGCGGGCGUCGAGGUGGGCGUGGGCCUAGAACUCGUCUGGAGCUCCGACCACUCGGUGACCAAAAGCGGCUGGGAGAUCUGCGUGGCCUUCCCGGAGCACACCACGAGCACCACGAGCGCGUCAACGACAAAGACGCACACGGCAACAUCCACAACUACUCAGUCCAUCUCCACCACGACCAGGACCAUGACCAGCAGCAGCACAACAGUGAUGUUCCGCGUGCUGGUGGGGGAGCUGCUGCUGGACGUGGACGAUCCCUCGGCCGCCCUGCCGUUCUUCGCCGACAACGCCACGGGCCAGGAGGCGCUACGCCGGGGUGUGGCAGACGGGCUUGGCCUGGAGCAGGACAUGGUGAAUUUGACCGCCUUCGAGGUGUGGGGAUCCUCGGCCGGGCGGCGCCUGGCGGGAAUCCUGGCAGUGGGCUACGAGAUCUCCGUGCCCAGCACAUCGGCCCUGGAUCAAGCGCAGCUCUCCGCCUCCGGUGCCGCGUUGGCGGCGAGCAUCAACCAGUCCUUGGCGGACAGCGGGGUUCCAUUGACCGUCAGCGGCGUGCAGAAUGUUGAGAAGACCAGCACCACCACCACUGCCACGACGACGAGUCGAACUUCCAGCACCUCAAGGACCUCAUCCUCCACGACUUCUUGGACCACAACGGUGUCCAGCACCACGACGAACACACCGGUGAACUGCCAAUUUUCGGAUUGGUCCGACUGGGAUAAGUGCAAUCGGCCCUGCAACGGCGGCAACUACACCCGCACGCGCGCCAUUGCCGUGCCGGAAGAAUUCGGUGGAGACCCUUGUGUGGGCGAGCUGUCCGAAACAGACAGCUGCAACACCGCGAACUGCUCAGAUUGCUUUCCAGGCUUCCACCUGGUCUUCAUCUCCAACGAGGAGGCGGGGUGCCUGCCCUGCGCGCGGGGCCGCUACAACCCGGUGGCCGGUGCGGAGAGUUCCCAGAGCUGCCUGCCCUGCGCCAAGGGCGAGCAGAGCCUGGAGGGUGCCACCCAGUGCACGCCCUGCGCGGAAGGCUCCGCCGCGGCGCCUAUGCUGAGCCCCACCGCAUCCGCAGACCUGGCCAACGUGUCCGGGGACUUUGUGCUCAGCGACGGGGCGGCAGGGCUUUGCUCCGCCUGCGCAGGCAGCCUCACCUUCCGGGUGGCAUGCGCCUCGCAGCGCUCGGUCUAUUUUACCGCCUGGGUGUCAGCGGCAGAAGCUGCGGAGCUGGAGCUGCAGGUGGCGGGGCUCGCGCCCAUCGCUUGGACGGUGCAGGCGGGCGCCCAGGCGUCGCAGGCCUCGCCCUCGCUGACGCUGCCGUCCGGGGAGCGCCAGGUGCGCCUUUGGGCUCGCAGCGCGCUGCAGUUGAGGUGGCUUACUAUGCACUUCCCGAGUUCGAUGGACGAGUGCGGCUUCUUUCCCGCGGAGGAGACUUGGACCUGCGCUGAGUGCUCCGCAGGGACCUUCGCAGGUCUUCCGGGCCUCGAGCAGUGCGGCAGCUGCCCCGCCGGCAGAUACUCCACAGAGACGGGGCGUUCCCAGUGCGAGACCUGCAAGCCGGGCUUCUUUGGCAACGUCACGGGCGCGACGGCCUACGAGAGCUGCCUUUUGUGCGGGCCCGGCACCUUCAGCGCGCUCUCGGGCAGCAGCGGCUGCCAGUUCUGCGCGGCCGGGCGCUUCCUGAACACCAGCGGGGCCUCCAGCAGCGACGCCUGCGAGCGCUGCCCCGUGGGCAGCAGCAGCGAGCCAGGGGCCAGUGCCUGCGCGAGCUGUGACGCAGGCCGCUUCGCAGCGGCGGCCGGGGAUGUGUGCGCGGAGUGCCCGGCCGGGCAGGUGGCGCCUGAAGCGGGGGCAGCAGAGUGCGAGCCCUGCCCUGCCGGGCGCUUCGAGCAGAACGGCUCCGCCUGCGCCUUCUGCGGCCCCGGCCGCUUCUCUGAGGAGCCGGAGGCCAACUCCUCGGCGGACUGCCAGCCGUGCCGGGCCGGCAGCUUCACCCCCGACUUUGGCGCCAACUCCUCGGAGCUCUGCGCGCCCUGCGCGGCGGGCAGCGCCUCCGCGGCCGGGGAGCCCUGCGAGCUGUGCCCCCCGGGGGCGUUUUCGAGCGAGGAGGGCGCCGGGCGCUGUGAGAUCUGCACCUUGGGCCGCUUCGCGGAUGGCUGGGGCCGCUCAAGAUGCGAGCCCUGCUCUGCGGGUACCCAUGGGCACAGCAACACCUCCUACUGCGCGGAGUGCCCUGCGGGGCGUUACAAUGAGGAGGAGGGCGCUUCGGACCAAAGCGCCUGCCUGGCCUGCCCGGCGGGCUCGUACGGCCAGAGCCGGGGCGCGGCGUGGGCAUCGAACUGCGCGCCGUGUUUGCCCGGGACGGCGGCGCCGGAGGGAGCGGCUUCUUGCAGCACUUGCGAUGCUGGCACUUACAGCAUCACCACUUCCUGCGAGGCGUGCCCACGAGGCCGGUACACGCCCUACUUUGGGCAGGCGGAAUGCCUUUCCUGCCCGCCCGGGCGCUUCAACGAGCUGACGACCCCCAGCGUGGAGUGUGAGGCCUGCCCGUCUGGCCGCUUCCGUGCGAGCGGCGGGGGCACGGAAGCCGGCGACUGCCAGCCCUGCCCGGAGGGCGCCUUUGGGGCUUCUGAGGCACUGGACGUGUGCGAGCCCUGCGCCAGCAACUCUGUGGGCCGGUCUGAGGGCCUGAGCAGCUGCGGCUUUUGCCUCGCCGAGUCCAACACGCCUUCGGGGGCCAUCGCCUGCUGCCCCAGUCAUGGCCCAGAGUGGCCUGUGGCGAGCCCUGCGGCUUUGUCCCUGGCGCCGGGCAAGAGCAAGGCAGAGGUCUUCUACUCUGAGGCAGCAGGCGGCUGUGGAACCUUGGCUGCGGACCUGUCGCAAGCGCUGGCCCUGCAAGAGGGCCACCUGCUGGGUGAGCGGAUCCAACUGCUGACGCUGGGCAAGGACAACCUCUAUAGCUGCCUGGAGCUUGCCUGCCCUGAGGCGCGGUGCCGGCUGCGGGUGGGCGGUGGUGGGCAACGCGAGUUCGGUACCGGGGAGCAGCUGACGGUAGAGGCGGAGGUGGAUGGCUGGGAGGGUGCCAAGCCGUGCGCCAACAUUGCGGCGGUGACCUUUGAAGGCUUCGGCUGUGCGCCGGACACUUUGAAGAUCUUCCUCCUGGCGCUGAGCAUCGUAGUGAGCGCCACUGUGCUCCUGGGCCUCAUCCUGGAGCUCGUGGGGAACUGCCGCUUGAUGAUUCUGGUGGAGUGCAGUCUGACCAUCGAGUUGCCCACCGGGGCCUCCCAAGGUUUGGGGGGUUCAGGCGCGCCAGGUGUUCCAACAUCUCCGUCGCCGGCGCUGGAGGAAAAGCCCAGCCCCAGGAGCAGGAGGCUGUCGGAGCGGGAGGCGGAGCUGCAGGUGGCGGAGGAAACGCGGCUGGGGGCGAGUUGGGCGCCGCAUGCUCCGCUGCCGCAAGCGGUGCCCCAAGACCCGGACGCGAAAGAGGCAGAGGAGGGCAAGGCCGAAGACGCCUUGGCUUUCGGGAUUGCCUGGAAGGAGGACACAGCAGAUGUCAGCCCGCACGUGGAGGAUGCGACAUCCCGCGCAUACGGAGAGGAGCCUGAAGCGGGCGAGGCAGCAGAUGCCAGUCCGGAACUGGUGGACGCGCCACACCUUGAGCCGGACGGUUUCGCCGACGCGUCGGAAGCUGCUGAUGUGUCACCGCGAGGCGACCUCAGCCGCGGCGGAGGCCUCCUGCAGGCGGGCAGCACUUCGGGUGAUGGAGAACUGCCUGAGAAAGGCUCUAGCGGCGAGGCCCAGCACCUGACCUGGCCCAGCGAGGAAUGUCUGCGGCAGAGUUUGCUGCGGCAGCUGGACAUCGAAAAGCGGCGCCUGGUGCACUUCUCCGCCUGGGCCAAGUCCACAGAGACCCCCGGGCUGCAAGUGGAAUAUGCAGUUCAGGUGCCCAAGGGCCAGCACUUGGAGCUGCGCCAGCGACUGGCUCGAUGCCGCUGGCGCACGUCCCCGGAUUUGCCGCCGCCCUGGAACCAGGCCAAAGUCCAGCAGCAGCCGCCGGCCUUUGUCAAGGCACCGGGCAGGGCCCCAGGCCUCGACUUGCUGGAGUUCUUUGAGAAGCUGAGCAACGACGUGCUGGGCGGAGCGGAGGCGGAGGAUGUGCAGCGGCGCCAGCUGCAUUUGCAGGUUGCGCGGCAGAUUUUGCGGCGCCUCACCGGGCGCAGGGCCCGGCUGGUGCUAGGCGUGCAGUACAUGUGCAACCUCUGCGCUGCUGCCCUCCUGCCCUAUGCCGGGUACCUGCUCAUGACCAGCUGUGACCAGGGCUUCCCAAGCUUCAUCCACGGGGCCUGGUUCGCGUACAUGUGCCUGACCAACCUCAUUUCCUUCACUUUGCUGCGCCUAAUCGGGGGAGAGCGAGCGGGUUCCUUUUGCUACACAUUCCGCUGGCGCUUGCUCUUUCGCGCCCUCUGCUCCUUCAUUCUCCUCACCGACACGUACCAGGAUGCAACGUUUCCGGUGAUCGCCAACAAGUGCAACUUCGAGCUCUGGUUCGUGUCCGCCUGGCUGGUGGGCCUCGGGGUGGGCCUCAUGCAGGUGUUGGUGCAGCUCUUGGUGCUGAUCGCUACUGUGGUUCAGUACAACAAGGCCACCACUCCAGAGGAGCGGGACCGGCUGCUGGUCCAAGGCGCCUUCACUGCGCUCCGGGGCUCUGACAACUUGGUCUUGGUCUACGCGGUGCGGCCGGCGGUGGAGGAACGCCUCGGGGGCGCCAGCAGCUGGGCGAUGAAACUCUCAGAGGCCCGCAUCGCUUUCCUUCGCUUCAUCUUCGAGGAUGUGGAGCAGAGCGCCCUUCAGGCGGUCUUUCUGAUCUUCUACGAUGAGGCGGCGAUCGCCGAUAAGAUUUGGGUCACCGCCUCCAUCGCCACGAGCCUACUCCUGUCCUUCACCAUUGUGGUGCAGUGCAUGCCAGAGGUUCGCGACUGGCUCUGGUACAGGGUCUUCGCUGCUUUCCCCGGCUGCCGCUGGAUUCCCCUCCUGCGCAUCCCCUGGUUCAUCCUCACGCUUUUGCUCUACCGAUGCUUCUCCACCUUCCCCUGGAUCUCGGCUUGCUCGCCCUCGGGGGAUCCCUGCUUGGAGCGCGAGUGGUGGGAGUUCUACUGGGGCUGCGCAGAUGGGCGGACCACUCUCUUGGGCCUGGCGGCAAGGACGAAGGUGGUGCAGGAGACCAUUGUCAACUCCACCAUUGGCUGCGCCAUCAUCCUUUCCACCGUGGCGCUGGCCACGACGGCCUGGUGGGUACGCCAGCGGUUCCUGCGCAUCUACAAGCGCCGGGAGGUGGACACAGCAGAGCGCUACGACUUCCUGUCGCGCGUCGCGCCCUCCGGAAACUCGCCGCUGCGGCCGCUGCAAGACGCGGACGACGACCUCUGGCUGGAGCUCGCUCGGCGGCUGCACCGGCGCUUUGAGAAGUUGAAAUCCAUCACCCCUGACCAGGCGAGGCAUGGCUACCGCCUGGGCAAACGUCUGCAGAGCAUCGACGGCGCCGCCUACUCCAUGUCACGGGCCCACCUCACCUGGAGCUUCCCAGGUCUGCAGUGGUACCUUUCCAAGCGGCUGCCGAAGCGCUUGGCCACCUUUGUGGACCAGGCGAACGCCGCCCAGCUGCCGAAGGCGGCCAUGGACGAUGUCUAUGACCUCCGCACCAUGGUGUGCCAUUCUGUGCGCGUGUCGCAGGUGCGGCAGCACGUGCAACGACUGCUGUCCAGCCGGCACUUCAUCAAAGCUGGGCUUGCGAAGAAGGCCCAGCGGAUCUUGGAGUGCCCCGACACGGCUGUGCCGCCACUUCGACUCGUUCACUGGUCCCAGCUGCGGAACGGCCUCCCCAAGCACAACUCCGGCGCUGCAAAGUCCGCGGAGGACCUCCUGCAGGAGGUGUCACAGCGUAUGGAAGUGGAGCCGGACAAGGCCGAGCGGCAGCUGGUGGUUUUCCUGCUGUCCCACCGCUGGCUGCGCACAGGCGCCGACUGCCAUCCCGACUCGGAGGAUAACAUCAAGGCGCGAAAGCUGGCGGCCUUCGCGCGGUGGUUCAUGCACAUGGCGCUGGCGGCUGGGGUGCCCUGUGAGGUCGCCUUUUGGAUCGACUACUGCUGCUGUGAGCAGGAGGAGCCCUUUGGCAUUGACCUGGCGAUGGCAGCGCUGCCCCUGUACAUCGCCUGUUGCACCAAGGUCCUGGCCUGGCGGACCUCGGACUUCGACAGGAGGUGCUGGACCAUGUUGGAGCGGCUGCUGUCCUACUCCUUCUGCUCUGGCGGGCUCACGCCCUACGUCAUCGACGGCAGCUUUCAGGAGGACGAGGGGCUCGAGGGGCUACAGGAGGUGAAGGUGCAGGAGAUGGCGCCUGUGUGGGAGGUGGGCCUGGAGGGCUCCUGGCAGCCCUUCGACCUCACGGCGCAGACGCUGCUCCGCGCCGCCGCGCGCGCGAAUCUGCCCAGGGCCAACUUGGAGACCCAGGGCCGCGCCUACGCGCGGAGCCCCAGGGCCUGGGGGUAA